AUGUCUGCAUCAAAUGAGCCAUCAGAAAAUAAAAACUCGACUUCACAAUUGGAUGUUCGUAAGCAACACACUCCAUUUAUCGAUGCCAAAAGCCGUAAAGACAAGCAAUCUAUAGAAUACAUAUCAAAAACUCUUCUUGCAGGUGGUCUGGCUGGAUGUGCUGCAAAGACAGUUAUUGCUCCUUUGGAUCGAGUAAAGAUCCUCUUUCAAACCAGUAAUCCAGCAUAUGAGAAAUUCGCUGGUUCGUUCUUUGGAACAUUUCGAGCAUUAUCUACCAUUCGACGUACACAAGGCACGUUUGGCCUUUUUCAGGGUCACUCAGCAACACUGCUUCGUAUUUUCCCAUACGCUGCUAUCAAGUUCAUGUCAUAUGAGCAACUUAAGGGGUGGCUAAUGCCUACCAAGAAACAUGAAACUCCCAUAAAAAAAUUUCUGGCGGGAUCAAUUGCUGGCUGCUUGUCCGUGUUUUGCUCAUACCCACUAGAUAUUUUGCGUGUUCGGAUGGCAUUUGAUGUAAGAUUAAACCGACCCCCAUCUGGCCUGUUUGAGACCGCUAGAGCAAUGUACAUCGAGCCGAGCAUUUUCUUCCCUAAUGCACCCAAAUGGAUCUUGCCUUUUACGAACCUGUUUAAUUUCUAUCGGGGCUUUAUACCCACUAUUUAUGGCAUGAUACCCUAUGCAGGAGUUUCGUUUUUAACCUAUGAAACACUCAAGUCGUAUAUGCUCAUGCAUUAUCAGCAGUACACUCUGUCCAAUUGGAAUGAAUCGUCUGAUCUACAUACUCCUAUCAAGCCAAUUUUAAACGCUCUGACGAAUCUUACCAUUGGUGGCAUAUCUGGAGUCAUUGCUCAGACCUUUUCUUAUCCGUUUGAAGUCGUUCGACGCCAUAUGCAAGUGUCGGGAAAAUCUGCUCUUGGACAUGAACAUACAUCUACUUUCAACACAGUCAAAGACAUUUUUCGUCGUAAAGGAUUUAGAGGUUUUUGGAUUGGCUUGAGUAUUGGGUAUAUCAAAGUUACACCUAUGUUUGCUGUUUCAUUCUAUUCAUAUGAAUGGCUCAAACUCCAACUGAAUAUCGAUUAG